CAACAACAUUCUCCGUCAUUCCAACCCGUUAUAACUAGCACGCGUCAUUUCAAUUUACAAUUCAUUGCAAGAACAAUCGCAAGAUCGAAACCAUGUCGGUUCAUUCGAAGAUGUCCUACGCUUCGAGAAUGUCCUCCAGCUCGGGAUCAAAGGAGCAAUUUCUGCUCACGGCCAUGCCCAACGCGUUCCUCCCUGUCAACUCUGCUGGAGCUGAGUCGUACAGCAACAUCCCGAUGCAGGACUUGCGACCCAAGGCCGAGCACCCUGCUCCGACCAGGACUGGUACUCUGACUCCGUAUAACUCUCACUCCAGCACCAACGGCAACGUGCGCUCCGGCACCAACGAGCCUCUGAACGCCUGGCAGCGUGAGCAUGCAAAGAAGCUUGAGGACAUAGAGAUCCGUUUGAGUCAGACGAAGCAGUACUACAGCGACUUCAACCGCAUGCGCUUCAGCCACUGUAUCAUCUCCAUCUCCACCAUAGCCGUUCUCGUCUGGUAUGGUAUUCGCCUGGCUCAGCUAGACUCGCAAGUCUUCGACAACCCCUCUGGCUGAGUCCGAACAUGGCACUCUCUGGUGGAUGUGUGUCUUCUCGGAUCUGACGGAUGACUUUGGGCAACCUGGGAAGAACCAUGCACGACUCACAGGAGAGAAACUGGCUGGAUGAUUUUGGUCUGAAUGGUCUUGGUCAAGAUGGUUCUGAUCUGCACAGUCAACACUUUGCACAUUCU